AAGAAAAGAUGUUUUCUGUCGUGACCCGCCAACCGUGUGAGCAAGCAGGCCUCAAGGCUCUCUCCCGAACUCCAGUCAUUAUCACCUUGGUGGUCCUGCUUGUGAGCAUUGUGGUGCUUGUGGCUAUCACACUCAUCCAGAUCCGCCACCCAGAGAUCCUCCCUCCAGGACUAAAGUAUGGAAUUGUGCUGGAUGCCGGAUCUUCUAGAACCACUGUCUACGUGUAUCAGUGGCCCGCAGAGAAGGAGAAUAAUACUGGAGUGGUCAGUCAAACCUUCAAAUGUAGUGUGAAAGGUUCUGGUAUCUCCAGCUAUGGGAAUAACCCCCAAGACGCUCCCAGAGCCUUUGAGGAUUGCAUGCUAAAAGUCAAGGGGCAGGUCCCAGAGCACCUCCACGGAUCCACCCGCAUUUACCUAGGAGCCACGGCUGGGAUGCGCUUGCUGAGGUUGCAAAAUGAAACAGCAGCUAAUGAAGUCCUUGCAAGCAUCCAAAGCUACUUCAAGUCCCAGCCUUUUGAUUUUAGGGGUGCUCAAAUCAUUUCUGGGCAAGAGGAAGGGGUAUAUGGAUGGAUUACAGCCAACUAUAUAAUGGGAAAUUUCCUGGAGAAGAACUUGUGGCACAUGUGGGUGCAUCCACAUGGAGUGGAAACCACAGGCGCCCUGGAUUUGGGCGGUGCCUCCACCCAGAUAUCCUUCGUGGCAGAAGAGAAGAUGGGGCUGAACAUCAGUGACAUCGUGCAGGUGUCCCUGUAUGGCUACACAUACACGCUGUACACACACAGCUUCCAGUGCUACGGCCGGAAUGAAGCUGAGAAGAGGUUUCUGGCGAUGCUCCUGCAGAAUUCUCCCACUGAAACCAAUCUCACCAACCCCUGCUACCCUCGGAAUUAUAGCACCACCUUCACUGUGGACCACGUAUUUGACAGCCUGUGCACUGAGAAGCAGAGGCCAACAAGUUACGACCCCAAUAGCCUCAUCACUUUUGAAGGAACUGGGAACCCAUCACUGUGUAGGGAGAAGGUGGCUUCCAUAUUUGACUUCAAAGCUUGCCAUGAUCAAGAAGGCUGUUCCUUUGAUGGGACUUAUCAGCCAAAGGUUCAAGGGCCAUUUGUGGCAUUUGCAGGAUUCUACUACACAGCCAGUGCUUUAAAUCUUUCUGGGAGUUUUUCCCUGGACUCCUUCAACUCAAGUACAUGGAAUUUCUGCUCCCAGGAUUGGAGUGAGCUCCCAUUCCUGCUCCCCAAAUUUGAUGAGGUGUAUGCCCGCUCCUACUGCUUCUCAGCCCACUACAUCUACCACUUGCUUAUAAAUGGAUACAAAUUCACAGAGGAGACUUGGCCCCGAAUACGUUUUGAAAAAGAAGUCGGGAACAGUAGCAUCGGCUGGUCCCUAGGUUACAUGCUCAGCCUGACCAACCAGAUCCCAGCAGGGAGCCCCCUGAUCCGCCUGCCUAUACAGCCGACUGUCUUUGUGGGCAUUCUUGCCUUCUUCACAGCCACAGCCCUGCUGUGCCUCGCAUUUCUUUUGUACCUAUGUUCAAUGUCUAGGACAAAGAGGCGCUCUGAGCGUGUCUUUGACCAUGCAGUGGAUUCUGAGUGA